AAGAGUAAUUCUCUCUUUUCAGGCAGGGAUUUAUAUUUUCAUCCAUGAAGAUGAGAACCCAGAUCAAAUUUUGCAUGCCUUGAGAUUAAAGAAGCUUGUUACUUUUAGCAGAUGACUUUUUCUACUUGUGAUGAAAGUCUGAGAUAUGGUAUUGCAGCGGAGGUUGGACUAUGGCUUCAAUGGCUACCAGGUGCCUGAGGUUCCUCGAGCUUCUAGAUCAGCCAGGGGAAGGGGACCUAUCAAGAAGAAACUAGAGGCCAAUCAGAUUCGUGCUUUUGAGAUUUUGGCCAGUGUAGCUGGUAAGUUAUUGCAGGAGAGCGAACAUCCUCUGCCAACAAAUGAUUCUUGUGGAAAGGAUGCGCAUUUCAUUUUUGAUGAUACCACUAAGAGCAAACAGGAGAAAGGAAACUUGUCAAAGGAAGACCCGUGUGAGCGCGGAAGCUGUGAUGAGCAAACCCUUUUAUGUGUGGGCAGGAUGCAAGAGUGCCAACAAAGUUAUACAUUGAAUGGGGUUUCACAUUCUCAGGAAAAUUUUAGUUAUGAGAUCAACCGAGCAUCAAAAAGUUUUGAUCAUUCAGAGAGUAUAUAUUCUAACAAAGUAUUCAGUGACUCUCCCUUAUCUGGAGAUUCUGUUGAAGAGAAGCCACGGGGUGUACUUAAGAGGAAGCUAGAGACUGGACCAUCAAAGGAUACGAGCAUAAAGGAUGAAAGAACCCAGAUUUUAGGCAGUUCUGAGGAUGUAAUGAAAGUGGAAGGGAUGCCUCCUGAACUGGUCAGUUGUGGGCAUGAUGUAAAGACUUCCUUUUCAAGGGACUGCAAAAAUCAUGAUCCUUUACUCUGCGAUUGUGCUAAUAUUAAAGUAGAUAGUAGAGAUGAUGAUGAAAACUGUGUUAGGUAUGCCCAACCCCUCAGCGUGGUAAAAGAAUUUGAGCACCCACCAGACGCCAGUGAUGAGAAAAUAAAUAAUCUGGCUGCGUCCAGGCACUGGAGAGUAGCUCCUGAGAGGAGGAUUGGGGGUUAUUCUAGAAAUGAUGAGAAGAUCAGGCAAGUUUACCGCCACGGGAGAACUUGUUAUACACAUCAAAGAUCACAGAAGAUUUUUCCUUUCAAAAAGAGAAAGUUCUUUAAUCAGAUGCCACUCACUACUACACCUGAUAGAGGGUUUAACUGUGAAAGCAUAUUUAAUUCUCCUGAUAAGAGAGUAAAUAGUGACAACUACUGCGCAGAAAUUGGACCAUCAUCCUCAACAACAGGUGGGCGAGUACCACUCAAGUCCAGUGAUUGCAAUGUGAAGCUUAGUAUUAAAUCCUUCAAGGUUCCUGAUCUCUUUAUUGAAAUUCCUGCAACCGCAACUGUUGGUUCAUUGAAGAGGACAGUAAUGGAGGCAGUAACAUCCAUACUUGGAGAUGGAUUACAUGUUGGCAUCCUGGUCCGGGGAAAAAAGGUCAGAGAUGACAACAAAACUCUACUUCAGACUGGGAUUUCUCAGGAUGAGAAGAGUCGUAAUUUGGGCUUUAUGUUGGAGCCAAAACGUGCAAAGCUUACAUAUUCUCCACGCAGCAAAGAUCCUUCUUUGCCAUCUGGCAGAUCUCGGGAGUUAACCAGGCAUUCUGCAUCUUUGGUGUCACAACCGGGGACUUCAAAUGUCUCCCCGAAUCCUCCAGUAAUUAAUUUUGGUGGUUGUGUUAAAAGAGACCUCAACGCAGCUCCCUCUCUUCCUUGUACCUCUACUGAAAAAACCCCACAAGCAUCCCAAGCUCUGGUUGCAGUUCCACCAAUUAGCAUGAAUGCAUUGGCUGUGGUUCCUUUUCAUCGGAAAUCUGGGCAUCCAGAGUAUGUACAGCGCCGGAUCAGGAGACCUUUCUCUGUUCCAGAAGUAGAAGCAUUGGUUCAAGCUGUUGAGAAACUCGGAACAGGAAGGUGGCGUGACGUUAAGUUGCGUGCUUUUGAUGGUGCAAAACAUCGAACUUAUGUGGAUUUGAAGGACAAGUGGAAAACAUUGGUACACACAGCAAGAAUCUCCCCCCAGCAAAGGAGGGGAGAGCCAGUUCCGCAGGAGCUUCUGGACAGGGUCCUAGCUGCCCAUGCCUGCUGGUCUCAGCGGCGCGCCAAGCAACAGGUCAAAGCAGCAGUCUGAGGCCUAGGCUUUGCCAAAAAAGAACUGGGAAGAAGAGGGUAUCUGUAUGUAAAUGUUACAGCUAGAAAAAUGUCAUGUAAAUGAGACUUGAUGUAAUAUGCUAUUUCUCGCACUUGAUCCACUAGACACCAAUCUAUCCUUUCCCAGUUAGAAGAGUCUUGUGAUAUGUAAAUGAUUGUUUAUGCAGCAACUGGAGUAUGCUCUGAGACUUCAUUAAAUCCACCAGACAUCACAUGGAAUAUAUAUAAUAUGACAAAUUGUUUGAUUCUCA